UUUCACAGAUGGAAUAGAUAUGACAUGUCAAAUUUGCUAUUGCUGCAAUGUCAGUUUUCCAUAUCAAUGCAUGAAUGCUUCCAGGAUAAGCACUGAUAAUUCCCCAGAUGGCCAAGAACUCAAAAUCUGGGAUUUCCAUUGCUGUCAAUGAAAAUGGCAUCUCCAAGCAAUCUAUACGCCAGAGAAUAUGGAGACAUCUUGAAGAAAGCAACCUUGCUACCUUUCCUAGACCUGUGUACAACAGGAUACCAAACUUUAAAGGAUCAAACCAAGCUUGCAUGAAAGCAGCUGAGCUGGCCUGUUACCGUGCAGCAAAGGUAGUGAAGGUGAACCCUGACAAACCUCAAGAGCAUCUCAGACUUCUUUCUUUGCAGGACAGGAAGGUCUUGCUUGUUCCGACACCAAGACUAAGAUCGGGACUGUUCAAUCGCAUCAUUCCACCUCAACCAACUACCCAUUGGGUGCUUAAGAAAUGUGCUACAAGUCAAGGUGUUCGUGAAUUCAGUGAGCCAAUUGGACUUUUGGAUACUGCCAAAUACCAUGUUGAUGUCAUCAUUAUUGGAUCUGUUGCAGUCUCCAAGGAGGGUCACCGAAUUGGGAAAGGAGAGGGCUUUGCAGACUUAGAGUUUGCUAUGAUGGCAGCCAUGGGAGCUGUAACUCCUGAAACUAUGGUGAUAACCACUGUUCAUGAUUGCCAGGUUUUUGAUGAAUUGCCGAGGCAUUUGUUUGGAAAGAAUGAUGUUCCUGUUGACUUCAUUGUGACACCUACUGAAUCUUAUGAAGUUAAGAAUCGUCUUCCGAAACCAAGUGGAGUUUAUUGGGAGAUCCUCCAUCCUCAAAAAUUCCUGGAGAUUCCAAUUUUGAGACAAUUUCGAGAAUGGGAUAAGCAGUAA